AUGCAGCCAAGCCCCACAGAACUCAAUGUGCAUCAAGGUACACACAACUGCAAUCUGGUAUGUCCUUACUAGAGAACAACUCUCCUCUGAUCGCAACUCAUCUAGGGUUGUGAUGCCAUACUCCAGUCCCACAUAUUUACCUUGGCAGUGAAUGGGGUUUUCUUCUGAGUAGUUCCGCAUGGGAUCCAAUUGCAUGUGCGCUAGAUUUCACUGUAUAUAAGGGAGACCUUGGAGCAACCCCACAAUUGUCUAACCUUGGCUCCCAUAGAAUUUGGAUUUGAUAUCCCGCUUUAUCACUACCCUAAGGAGUCUCAAAGCGGCUAACAAUCUCCUUUCCCUUCCUCCGCCACAACAAACACUCUGUGAGGUGAGUGAGGCUGAGAGACUUCAGAGAAGCGUGAUUAGCCCAAGGUCACCCAGCAGCUGCAUGUGGAGGAGUGGAGACGCGAAUCCAGUUCCCCAGAUUACGAGUCUACCGCUCUUAACCACUACACCACAUUGGCUCUCACCAGUUCAGGUUGGGGGUCACAACCAAAAGACUUCAGCCAGGAGAUAGAAGCAAAACAGCAGCCAGUGGGCCUGAUCUUUAUUGUUGCAACAAGACUUCAAACUACCCCACAGAAGAAGCAGAGAGAAGCCCCAGACAAUGGUUACAUCCGUAUUUUAAAGUUUCCUAAAGUUUCCCAUAAUACAUUUCUGGAAGCAUCAUCAAGACAUCACAGAUAUGUCAGAGAAAAAGUUGUGUUCUCAGGUAGAACCUGAGAUCCAGGCACAGCCCUGUCACUCAAAUAUACUCCAUCAGAGUACAAAGGAAAGCAUUUAUAGUUCCCUGGUCCCUGAGUCAAGUCAAAUACCCCACUUUGUCUUCAUCCCACUAUGGGGUGGGUAGGCAUUGUGAUUGAGAUGGUUAUCUGCCUGACACUCUUGGGGCAGGAUAUCACCCCUGGACUUGACUACAUCUCAGAGAUUAUGGUGGCCUCACUCACCCCUCCCCUUACACCUCACUUCCUUGGGUCCUAAAUGCCAUUGGAACAUUGACACCACGAUGCGUUUUCUUAUGAUUUCCUAAAGUUUCCCCAUUGAGCCAGUGCAUAGUUUAUCAAUGAACUGCUAUAUUUGGUAAUGUGCAGCUGAGGCUUUGUCUUUGCCGCCUAGUGCGGAGAGGCAAGGCUGGGGGGGGAGGGGUGCCUCUCACCCCUUUUCCAGUUUCCCGGUAACAACUGUCAGAGACCCGAGCAAAACAGGGACCAUAUUUUUUUAAGGGGGGAAUCCGGGGCUAUGCUUGGAAACGGGGCGCGUCGAUGGGGAGGGGGGACGUGGAACGCACGCGAAAAGGAACCCCCGCCCCCCAAGGCCCUGUUAAAGUUGUGGGGUCACUGGGAGGCCAAGGCUCCGCACCGGAGCGAUCGGGAUCGGGGGCGCUCCGGGGCGAUCGCCGCCCCGUCGCCGAGCUUGCGCCCCAAAGGCCCGAUGCGUCUCGGGGAGCAGCGCGCCGGGAAAGGAGGGGGAGAUCGGGGGCGAUGGGCGGGCACAGCGCUUCCGCACCGGCCGGCUAGGCGAGCAGGAGCUCCGACCGGCCCUUCCGCGGGCCCGGGACCGCCGCCGCUGCUCCGCGUGCGCCCCGCCGCCGCCGCCGCCGCCGCCCCGGGGCGCACCAUGGCGCGCUGGCUCCGCGAGCGCCUGCUUUCCGCAGCGCCAAGCCGGCGCCGCCGCAGCCGGAUUACGCGGCGGGCCCCGAGCAGCCCGACCUGCUCGCUGCCUACCGGCUGCAGCGGGAGCGGGACUUCGAAGACCCUACGCGGGCGGCGCCGCCGCCUCCUCCGCGCCCGCCGCCGACCCCGACGGCCGCCGCUGCCGAUCGCCCCGGAGGCGCCUCAUCCGGGUGGAAGCGGCGCAGGCGGCGCAGGCGGCCGAAACAGCCGCGGCCUCCGGGACCGGCGAUGCCCAGGGCCAGCGAGAAAAGGUGGGGCCGCCCUCUCCGUCGGGGGGCUGCCGGGGCGGGAGCCGGAGCCGGAGGUGCCCCUGUUUACACGACGCAAUUUCUCCGGAGGGUGGGGUGGGGUGGGGAGGCUUUCGUUUCAGCCUCCAGCCUGGCUCUGUUUACUCGGAAGUAAGCCUCCAUUGUUCUCCUUGUCCCAGCAAAACGCAAAAAGGAGCCUGGGGACGGGCGGGGCAAGACUUCUCGGCUUCGAUCCCAGACACGUUUCCCCGGAGGUAAGCAGCCGGGAGCCAACUGGGGCUCACCUCCGAGUUCACGUGUAUAGGACCGUGCCCUCGCCCUGCAUGGACCGGAGGCCACCUCGCCGGCAGUUUUGAAGCGGGUCUCUCUCCCAGUUGUUACAAUCGCAAAAUUCCAGAGUUGGAAAGGGGUCCCAGGGUCAUUUAGUCCAACCCCUGCAAGGCAGGAAUUAAAGUGGUCGUGUUGGGUUUUGCAUAGACACGUCCUUGGCUGCUCUUUUUGACUCAUGGCCCUUUGGGCACCACAGGUUACCAGGAUUUGCUUAUCCCCUCCCCCCCCCCGCCCCCUAGAUCACCUGUAGCCCAUGCAAUGCCCUCCAGAUGUUGCUGGGCUCCAACUCCCAUCAGUCCCAGCCAGCAUGGCCAAUGGUCAGGGAGGAUGGGAGUUGGAGUCCAGCAAGACCUGGAGGCCACAGGCUCCUGCCUUACCCCUGCAUUAGAAAGUUACUUCUUGUGUGGCUCCUUUUUGGGGUGUGUGUGUUAUUGAGUUGUUGUUUAUUUUGAUUAUACAGUCAUACCUCGGGUUACAGACGCUUCGGGUUGUGUGAUUUCGGAUUGUGCACCGCGCCGAACCUGGAAGUACCAGAAUGGUUACUUCCAGGUUUUGGCGCUUGUGCAUGUGCAGAAACACUAAAUCGCGCUAUGCGCAGAAGCGCUGAAUCGCGACCCGUGGGUUGUGGGUUGCGAACGUGCCUCUUGCAUGGAUCAUGUUCGCAACCCGAGCGUCCACUGUAUAUUCUGGUUUUUAUGCUGAUCUUUUCUGUGAACCGCCCUGAGACCUCGGGGUAUAGGACAGUAUAUAAAUUCAAUAAAGAAUAAGCAUAAGAACUCAGAAGAGCCAAGUUGAAUCAGGCCAGUGGCCCAAUCUAGUCCACCAUCCUGAUCUUCAGUGGCCAACCAGAUGCCUCUGGGAAAUCGACAAGUGGAUUUUGAGUGCUGUGCAACAGCGCUCUCCUGUGCAGAACCAAACCGCGAAAAUGUUCUGGAAGGCCUGUAAAUGCCACCUUGGUAGGCAAGAUAGCACUGGGACUAAUUGUUAGUUGCUGCAUGAAUGAGUUCACAUAUGUUUAAGCCUUUGCUUUUCAAUGUGCUCUUUGGCUUGCUUUGAUGCGCUGCUGAUCGGUGGGCUUGGGAUGGUUAGCUAGUUGGUAGAGGGGAGGCUUCUCACACUGCCCGCCUGUCAGCUUCUCCCUUAUCGGGGAGAUGGGUGAGAGUCAGGGGUGUCAACUUUAAUAAAAUAUUGGGGGUGGGGGCGGUAAGCCUCUACCCACAUAAUUGAUCACAAAACAUGGCAUGUGCACGUCAUUUGAAUGGCAAUGCCCACAAACUUUUUGGGGUAGGUGGCCCCCUCAGAAAUUUAUUGGGCGGAGGGGGUUGAAGGUACCUUGGCCCCUAGGAGUUGGCUCCUACAGUCAGAGUUGGGAAGGGGCCUGCAAGCCAAGGGUGAGUUAACUGGGCUGUAGAGGCCAGCUUACAUAGCUUGGUUUUGUAUAAAUGCUUUCCUAGGUAUGGACAAGUCAUGUUGACUGCUUGCUGUUUUGGUGUAUAUAUAUAUAUAUAUAUAAAAAACAUUUUCUCUUUUACAGUUUAAAAUAAACAUUUGACAUCCUUAAGAUAUCAAUGACUUCCCUUCUUCUCUUUCCAUGGUUCAUUUUACAUAUUAUAAAUCCCUGCAUAUUUUACAAAAACUAUACCAAUCGGUUUUCCAUUAUUGCAUCUGUCAAAACUUACUUACGCUGUUGAAUUUAUCUUAAUGCUGCCAGCGUUUUCAGCUGUACACAUUUAUUUCCCAUAUAUUCAGUAGAUGUUUUCCAAUCUUCUUUAAACAUAUGUUCUUCUUGUUCUCUUAUAUGUUAAGUCUGCAAGUUGUGCAUAUUCUGUCAACUUAAGUUGCCAUUCUUCUUUGGUUGGGACCUUGCUUGUUUUCCAUUUUGGGGCUAACAAAACACGGGCCGCAGUUGGUGCACACAUAAAUAACUUUUUCUGAACAUUGCCAUCACGACUAUCCUCUAGGAGGUGAAGGAAACUAGCUGCCUUGGCUUUCAGGUUCCAAAAAAUUAUGGAUUUAAAGCACAAAGCGAAAGAGCAAACAUGUUACAAACAAUAGGUAAAAUACAAUGAAACCCAGUACCAAAGUAGAUGGAGCCAUGGCCUGACUCUGUAUAAAACAGCACCGUAUUUUUCUAACUAAUUGGGUCGUCUUCUCUCUUUCAGAUGAUGAUAGUGGAGGACUACGCAGAUCCAUUUGAUACUAGACAAGAAACUAGUUGUCAAACCGGGGAGCAGGAAAGGGUGAAAAGCGAAGGAUAUAUGGAACCGUAUGAAGCUCAGAAGUUGCUGGCGGGUAAAGUACCGUUUUGAUGCUAAGUCUUCUGUGUUUCUUGACCUCCCGGAUCUGGAGUGAGACUAACCUUGCAGUGUUGGAUGGAAAACUUUGAAAUAGGGAACAUAAUGAUGCUCUCUGAUGCAGCUUUCUCUAAUCUGGGUAUUUUGAACUCCGGUUCCCAUCAGUCCCAGCCAGUAUGGUCUGAGACUAUGGGAGCUUUUGUCCAACACAUCUGGAGAGAACUGGGUUGGGGAAGGCUGAGCUAGUGCAAAGACGUCUAUUGAGUGUCAUAUAUGAUCUUUAUUUCAUUAUCUUCUAUUUUCCUACACUCAGUACUUGUUUGUUUCAACCUCAUCCUUCAGUUUAUUGUGUUUCCAGGUUGGCUUCUAUAUGUUCACGAAGCUAGUAGAAAGUAUUUAACAGAAAAAAUCGCAGUAGUGGCAUGCUCAUUGUUCUAGCUGUGAGUUCACAAUUUUGUGAUAUUUUCUGUUUUUUGGGAUUCGAACCACCGACCUUCCGAUCGGCAAGCCCAAGGCUCAGUGGCUUACACCACAGCGCCACCCGUGUCCCUUACUUACUACAUUUAAAUUUCAUCUUUCUUCCAGUGAACUGGAGGCAGAAUAGACAGUUCCUCCCUCGCCUUUUAUCCUCACAGCAACACUGUGAGGAAGGUUAGGCUGAGAUUUUGAUUGAUUUGGUUUGAUUUGUUGUAUUUUUAUGCCGCUUUUCAUUCAAAUGAAUCCCAAAGCGGCUUACAAAAAAUAUGGGGGUGGGAUGAGAUGAUCCUAAGGGUCCCUUCCAACUUAAUGAAAGGAUGAAGACAUAAUAAAACAUAAUAAAAGGUAAAGGGUAAAGGGACCCCUGACCAUUAGGUCCAGUCGUGACCGACUCUGGGGUUGCGGCGCUCAUCUCGCUUUAUUGGCCGAGGGAGCCGGCGUACAGUUUCUGGGUCAUGUGGCCAGCAUGACUAAGCCGCUUCUGGCGAACCAGAGCAGCGCAUGGAAACGCUGUUUACCUUCCCACUGGAGCGGUACCUAUUUAUCUAUUUGCACUUUAACGUGGUUUCAAACUGCUAGGUUGGCAGGAGCAGGGACUGAGCAACAGGAGCUCACCCCGUCGCAGGGAUUUGAACCACCGACCUUCUGAUCGGCAAGUCCUAGGCUCUGUGGUUUAACCCACAGUGCCACCCGUGUCCCAAUAAAACAUAAUGGAACAUCACAAAUACAGUGAUCUAAAAUAAGUAACAAAUCAUCAAGAAAACAAUUACAAUCUAUAAAACGCUAUUAACAAAGCAGCUACUAAAAAUAAGCUAAAUAUCGCAGUUACAACAAAACUCAUGUGAUUAACAAAUCAAUAUGGCAUUUAUAAUCUAUAAAACCAUAUUAUCAACAGUAACAAAACAGCAACUUAAAAAUAAAAUAAAAAGCUGAGCGCUGUUAAAUUCAUACGCACACUCUCCCUGCCCCCAUGACUGAUAAUCUUUCACUCCAGUGAAAGAUUGGGUGGCUGCCAAAAGUUGCCACAGGGAGCUUCAUGGCUGAGUGAAUGUGGAUUCCUCAAGUCCUGUUCUGAUGCAACACCAGAAAUGUGGCAUUGCAUUAAAAAUAAAAACAAAUACGGAAGGAGGCAGUCCUGUUCUGGAAGAAAUUCUCUUCCUUCUCUUCCUCCUCCUAACCAUGUCACUUAACAGUUGCCCCAAAUAUGAAAGUUAAAUUAUGGUCACUGCUGUCUCUGCCUGUCACUACAUAUGAAAAGCAACCUGCAGCAGUCCAGACUGCCAGUAUUUUGCAGGAGGGGCUCAAAUGCAUACUUGAACUGUAGGUUUGGGAAAUUCAAGUGGAUUGAAGUGCUCUGUUACCUUAGUGGAACAAAUCCACUUUUAAAAAAAGCAGCAACUUUGGCUGGUCUCCUUAGAAAAGCUCAAAAACUUUGGGCAAUCUCCUAAUAAAAGUUCCGCCCCAGAUGCCGGCCAGGGUUGCUACGAAUUGUCAGUAGGAAGGUGUGCAAACAGUGCAAAUAAAUCAGGAUGGAUACAGGCGGAAUUCCAGUUGUGGUAUAACUGCCCCGUAAACAAAUCAGAAGGAAGGCUCAAUAAAGACUUGAAUGGCCUCCAAACACCACGUAUGCUUUGUGCAGUCAAUGAAUAUUCAGUAUUCAACAGGUCACUGGAGGAGCCGUUAAUUCAAGUGUGCUAUAAGGAACUGGGUAGUUUCUAACUGGACAUGUGAAAUCCCAGAGGUGCAAAUCUGGAAUCCAGGGAGGGGUAAUAAGAAUAAGAAUAAGAAUAAGAAUAACAACAACAACAACAAUAACAACAACAAUAACAAUAAUAACAAUAACAAUAACAAUAAUUUAUUCUUUAUACCCGCCCAUCUACCUGGGUUUCCCAGCCACUGUGGGCGGCUUCCAACAAAGUAUUAAAGUACAGUGGUCUGUUAAACAUUAAAAGCUUACCUAAACAGGGCUGCCUUCAGAUGUCUUCUAAAAGUCUGGUAGUUGUUGUUCUCUUUGACAUCUGGGGGGGAGGGCGUUCCACAGGGCGGGCGCCACUACCAAGAAGGCCCUCUGCCUGGUUUCCUGUAGCUUUGCUUCUCACAGUGAGGGAACCACCAGAAGGCCCUUGGUGCUGGACCUCAGUGUCCGGUCAGAACGAUGGGGGUGGAGACGCUCCGUCAGGUAUACUGGACCAAGGCCGUUUAGGGCUUUAAAGGUCAGCACCAACACUUUGAAUUGUGCUUGGAAUUGUGCUUGGAUAUUAAAAUGGCCUUGCAUUUUAAGCAGUAGCCAUAAGAAGUGAAAAAGAAUGGCAUGCAAAGUGCGUGGAAACCCAUGCAGACACAGGAGUGGGCUGGGGCACUCUAUGCCUUCUCUGUGCCCUGCAAAAAGAUACCGCAAACUGCUGCAGGAGGGAGCGAGUUCUCUGUCCCUCUUCUGCCAGCUCCCAGCAGGCAGGUAAAUUCUUUUGCAGGCUAGUAACUAUUUGCAAGCCUGCUUUAAAGUGAAAUUUUUCCUUCUUUGCUACCAGAGAUCCAGAAAACCGGCUCCAACGAUGCCCUAGCUGCUCAAAAACCUCUGCACUUAUAUGACAUUCCCUAUGAAGCACCUGAGAACUGCAUGGACCCUGACCUGCAGCAACCACCUGGCGUGCAGUGCCGAUACUCGUGGCUGCCAGAAGACGAUGAGCGGCCACCGGAGGAAUAUGAUCAGCCCUGGGAGUGGAAAAAGGAGCGUAUCUCCAGGGUAUUUGCAGGCAAGUAGCCAAAGGGGGCAUUAGCACAGGGACUUUUUUUGGUUUGGGGGUUAGGUGAGAUUAGGCAGGCAUAAGACAAAAGACAGGGAGCCAGGAUGGAAUUUCAAUUCAGCUCUCAUUUAAAGGUGAACCUACCAAAUUUACACUUCCUGAAACAAUAGGCAAACUGAGACACAGCUGUUUUUCAAACUUAUUUGAGGUAAUGCAGUUCUGCAGCCACGUAACAUGUACAAAAAUGCAAAUAGCAGGGCAAAGCAGGCAUAUGAAUGCACAUAUUACUGAAAAUGACAUACCAAAUGCAUUAUAUUAGGGAAUCUUGCUGUGGGAAAAUGCGUAUAUUAGGCAAAAUUGCAUACAAAAGUAUGUGUAUUAGGAGAAAUCCACAAUAAAAUUCUGAUGAAUUUUACAAGGACUUUUCAAAAGAUCACAAUUUUAUAUGGAAAUGUAGCAAACUGAACGUAAGAUUGGAAACCUGACAAACCUUGAGAAACUGAAUAUGACAGAUUUGCCCGUCCCUAACAGAAUCCGCUUUAUUUAUGUUUUUGUGGUGGGAUGGAGAGCCAAGCUAAAAGUUAAACCAGCCUUCCGCAGUUUGGUGCGCAUCAGAUGCUUUGGACUGCAGCUUCUAUUAUCCCUGAUGGUUGGCCAUUCCAUCACUUUGGCUGGGCGUCUGGAUGUCCUAAUAUCUUUUUUUAUGUUGCUGUGGGGACUGACAGGUUGAUCUGAGCACCUCUUUGGGAGGGGGCUUUAAGCAAUUUCCCAUGCAGCAAUUUAUGCUGGCUGUUAGUCAGCAAGGCUACACCCAGGGCAUUUUUCUGCUGCUUGGGAAUAUCUAGCCAGCCUCCCUCCAGAAUUCUUUGUUUUCUCUCCUAAUGAUCCGUCCAGUUGAAAUCGAAGGAAUUCAGGAGCUGCCAUGGCCCCCGCCUGUUGGCCAGCUAGACAGUGCUGCGAACCACAUGGAUGCUGAGGGACCACCCACACUUCAGAGCAUCAGCGCCAGAUGCCUGCCGGCUGAUGCUCCGCCAAGCCUCCAGGAUACCAGCGCCAGCCUCCAGGACCCUGAAGCUCUGGCCAGACCCCUGGAUGUCAGUAGUGGGUAUCCACAAACCACACAAUCUUUGGGAUGGGAAUAUGGAUGCUCCAGCCAUUGAGAUAAUAUAGGCAGAGGGUCUGGGCAUUUGUGUGGCAGCAAUUUCUCCACAGACAUGCAAGACAACACAGGGUCCCACAAAUCUCUUCUUUUUAUCUUGUAUUUAAAGAUAAAGUUCCUAGACCUCAUGAUGAAUCUGGAAAAUGGGCAGCUCCUACUUCAAAGCACACAGCACAGUUAUGUGACUGAUACUUUUUACUGGACUCCUUUUUAUGCUUUUCAGGGAAGUAGCCGCAGGGGGCAUCGGUUUGCAGGGAAGAAUGCAAGGGGCCGUUGAACCCUUUUCUGGCCAGCAAUUUGUCCACUCAAAAUUGCCUCCUCCCGAGUUGGUCGACUCACUCCAUGGUAGAAAGCAUAUGUGGUCCCCACAUCCUUUCCCUGUUGAGAAGCAAAGCUGCUGGAGAGAUAUGUGGUUUUAGAGUGGCUGGCAGUGAAAGAUUUAAAGAGCCCUCGUCUCCCUAACCCUCUAGCUCCCUGAAGUUGCUUUUUCAUUUUUUAAAACACACCAAACCCGGGGGGAGGGUGGAAUUAUGGAAGUAGACAAAACAUGUUUUGGCCCUGAGAUACUGAAAAAGGUGAGGAAUGGGGCCUCCAGUGAUCAGGGGGUAGAUUUCCUGCUUGCAGUGAAUCUCUCAGACUACGUAACAGGCCUUGUGGUGCAACCCUGUGCACGCUUACUCAGAAGCAAGCCCCAUAGUGUUCAGUGGGGUUUUGUUGUUGUUGUUUAGUCGUUUAGUCGUGUCCGACUCUUCGUGACCCCAUGGACCAGGGAAUGCCAGGCACUCCUGUCUACCACUGCCUCCCGCAGUUUGGUCAAACUCAUGUUAGUAGCUUUGAGAACACUGUCCAACCAUCUCGUCCCUGUCUUCCCCUUCUACUUGUGCCCUCAACCUUUCCCAACAUCAGGACAGCAUUUUAUUAGCUCAGUUCCUUUGCAUGUUUACCGGAUAGCCCUGCCGUGUGAUCUCCUGUCACUUUUUUUCCACCUCCACCAUCUUCCUUUUUUGUCUCACGCCCUGAUGUUGCACUAUAAAUUCAGGGCUCCCAAGUUUCUUGCGCUCUUCCCCAAUCUGUUAUCCUGCUUUCUGAGUCACUCUUGUUCUGCACCUUGGGACCUGCCACCACAUGUUCCUUGUUUCAUGCAUACUCGUGCGUUUCUGCCCCAAGGUAAGGGAGCUGUGAAGAACCAACCUUGCACAGAGAAGAGGAGUAGCGCAUGCUGGCUGAGCAUGGAGCACGGGUUAGCUUUCGGUGAACGCGUCAAUCCCACUUUGCCGCUGGAGAGCCAAGCGUAAGUAGCUUGAGCAAAGGAGAGGAGGCUGGGACAGGGGCACUGGCUAUCUUCAUUGCAUGUCUAAUCACACACCAGGGCACCGACAACACCACAUACUUGGCCCCAUCCACCUUCCUCUGCUGAGUCUUGCGUGGUAGGAAUACAAGACUUUCAGCAAAACCCUGCUCUGGCCAUUUCUGUUGACAGAGACACCAAGCCGAUGUCCCACCCCAGAACUCAUUCUGGGCCUCUUAGCCAAUGAGCAGGGACUGAUGAUCACAAUCUGGACAAGAAUGGCAGUAGUGAAACGAGCUCAAAAAAAGAGAUCCGUGGCUCUUUGAAGGUUCAUCAUGGCAUUCAUUUUUGUGUGGAUAAAACCCAUUUCAUCAAAUGCUGUGGGGCAGAUAAGACCGGGGCCCCAAAUAACAGUUGUGAGUGUAAAGUGAGCUCCUGGGUGUUCCUGUGCUGUGCUUUGAAGUCUCGACACCGGAGCUUCAAAGUGCAGCAUCGCUUGACAUCAUAGUGACAUCAGGGGAUUGGCAAGUGGACAGGGGGCCUCCCACCUGCCACAUUUGGCUCAGCAUGGGUGGAGAGAUAAGGCCAGUAAAGGUUCUCCCCACCCAUACAAUAGAAGAACAAUAGCCAUACACAACAGCAACAACGGGUGAUUUGCACACCCGUCUUAGCUUUGCUGUGCUAUUUUAACAUCUACAGCUGGGGGAGAGAACCUUUGUUCCAACUGAGUCCUAAGCCCACUCCAUCAAUUUUAGUUGUGCAUUGGAGAUCAUGAGUUUCAUUCUGGAGCCUCCCUUUGAAUCUUUCUGAAGUGACAACGGUGGUACCCAAUCCAGGCUGAAAACCUUCAGGUGUCUUCUAUUUAUAUGGCUCCUUGUGGAGAAAUCCAUGCCUUGGUAUGUAGGCGCAUGUGGACCACAAACGAUUAUUAUUUAGUUUAUUUUAAAAUUAGUUUAGUAUCUCACGUCUCCAGCCGAAGGUUCCUGAAGGACCUCUCUAUAGGGGUAUGAGUGGAUGACUUCCUUUCUCCUCCACAGGUGGUAUCAUGGGACCUUGAGCCGAGUGGGUGCCGAGGGGCUACUGCGACUUUGCAGAGAGGCCAGUUACCUGGUGCGGAACAGUGAGAGCAGCCAUGAUGCCUUUUCCCUCUCCCUGAAGUGAGUGAGCGAGCAUUGAGGAUUCUGUAUGCAUUGUACUGUUCUGAGCUGACUAAAGUAGUUCACGGAGUUUCGUUGGGAAAGCCUGGCAGGGGCUCAGGGAGCAUUAGGAUGAAGUAAAUGGGCCGUGCAACAAAAAGGUUGCAAUCUGGAACUUGCUAAAGCUAAGCAGGUCUCGGUCUGGUUGGUAGGUGGAUGGGAGACCAUCCGGAAAUAAUAGUAAGUGGAAGGGGAGUGUAAUUUGAGUGGUUAAUAUGCAUUGGAACUUCACCAGACCUCAUGGAGAAUCUGCACAUAAACCAUCCAUGAAGAGGGGAAUGUGCACAUUUUUCGGUCAAUAUACAUACUCUCAAACUGGCAUGGGUAAACGCAUGGGCAGGCAAACUAAGGCCCAGGACUGGAUCUGGCCCAAUUGCCUUCUAAAUCUGGCCCAUGGAUGGUCCGGGAAUCAGCGUGUUUUUACAUGAGUAGAAAGUGCCCUUUUAUUUAAAAUGCAUCUCUGGGUUAUUUGUGGGGCCUGCCUGGUGUUUUUACAUGAGUAGAAUGUGUGCUUUUAUUUAAAAUGCAUCUCUGGGUUAUUUGUGGGGCAUAGGAAUUUGUUCAUUUUUUCCCUUCAAAAUAUAGUCCAGCCCCCCACAAGGUCUGAGGGACAGUGGACCAUCCCCCUGCUGAAAAAGUUUGCUGACCCCUGGGUAAACGUACAUAUUGUGGAUGAAUUUUGUACGCUCUUUGGGUAUGCAUAAUCUCCAACAAGCCUUGGGGAAUGUGCAUAUAUAUCAACUGUCUUUUGUACAUUUUCUAGGCAAUAUGCACAUUUUCUGGUCAGGAUGCAUAGUCUCUAAGAAACUUGCCUCCUUUACAGAAGUAUGCAAUCUGCACCUCUGGUCUGCUUCCUUCCCACUGCUUACUAUUUCAGGGCUCACGUUAUACUCUCCCACUGAGCAGCAGGAAGAAGGGAUGGAGCUCCAGAUAAAGAUCCAAUCCCCUUUUCCCCACCAAGCUACACAAGAGGAUUUUGAUGGAAAUUCCCUAUCCCAUGCCGCUUUUAAGCUUAGGAGAAAGCUCAAUACAUGGGGGUCAAUCAGCACUGGAAUUUCAGGGAGAGGGGAGGAUUUAACCAGCUGAGAGAGGGCUACCCAGCAGGGAAAAGAGGGCUGAAAGAGAAAGAGGCCCAGGACCUCUGAUCCAACCCACUGCUGACCCACCCACCUACCAUUCCUUCCCCUAGGAGCAGCCAAGGCUUCCUUCACAUGAAGCUCUUGCAGACUGAAGACCACAAGUUUGUCCUGGGCCAGCACAGCCCUCCGUUUGACAACGUACCUGAGAUCAUCCACCACUACGCCAGCCACAAGCUGCCCAUCCAGGGAGCAGAGCACAUGUCCCUGCUCUAUCCCGUCACCACGCAACCCUCCAGUUGCCUUGCAGCUGAGCAGUGA